AUGGCUGAACGAGAUUGGGGUAGGGGCAUGAGCCCUGCCUCAUCCUUUACAUCACUACCAGGGUCCAACAGAAGUGACAGUCCUAUGUCACCGAGAGGUAGUCCUGCACUAUCACGAAUGAGCAAUAGUAGUAGUGAGAAUAGAAAUGGGAAAGGAAUACAAGUUACAAUACAGAAUCUACAACAGGCAGUGGUUGGGAGAGCAGUCUUCUUUUCAGAAUAUUCAGCACACACAUUAUCUAAUUGUGUAGCAGACGGCAACUUGACUUACUGUUGCCUGAGUAAAAUGAUAUUCCUGAAGAAGCGCUCAACACCCUCUUCUGGGAAGUUUUUCAUAGAAUACCUGUUCGAAAACAUGGUUGCAUUAGAUUUCUAA